AUGGCGGACCAGCUCAGCGAAGACCAGAUUACCGAGUUCAAGGAAGCUUUCAGCCUCUUCGACAAGGACGGCAACGGUUACAUCACAACCAAGGAGCUGGGAACCGUGAUGCGCUCCCUUGGGCAGAACCCCACCGAGGCGGAGCUGCAGGACAUGAUCGCCGAGGUGGACAGCAACGGCAGCGGCACCAUCGACCCGCAGGAGUUCCUGGGCCUGAUGGCGCGCAGGACGAAGGACACGGAGUCGGAGGAGGAGCUCAGGGAGGCGUUCCGCGUGUUCGACAAGGACCAGAACGGGUUCAUCUCCGCGGUGGAGCUCCGGCACGUGAUGACCAACCUCGGGGAGAAGCUGAGCGACGAGGAGGUCAGCGAGAUGAUCCGCGAGGCCGACGUGGACGGCGACGGCAACAUCAACUACGACGAGUUCGUCAAGGUCAUGAUGGCCAAGCGAAGGAGCAAGAGGACGGAGGAGAAGGCCGCGGCGCGCGGCAAGAAGAAGGCGGGGGCGCUGUGCGACGCGGCCCAGAAAUGCGUGAUCCUGUGA